GAAGAGGGCCUCUCUCUCUCUCUCUCUCUCUCUCCGCAGUCGGGCUAGGGUUAGGGUUAGGGUUUUAGAAAGGCAAUGCAUUUUCCGAAAGCCCUAAUAUUUAUCUAUCGAGCUUGCUUUCUUCUUCGAGGUAGGCUCUGAAAUUCCAUAUCAGAAUCUCCGCUCGUACGGAUUCCAGCUCUAACGAUCCUUUCUCCCCUUCUUUUGGAUUGGAUUAGCUAGAAAGAUGGGAUUUUACGAAUGCUUUUGAUUUUUUCUUGAUGUGGAGUCAGGAGUUCAGGACCGCUUUCAUCUUGUUUCAGUUGGGUUUUUGAAUUCGAAUCCCUUUGUAUACCAGCUUAUCGGUUUUUCUUCGUAGCUUCUUUUGUUUGGAUUGGAAUUUUGUGGAGUGUGAAAGAAAUGUAUGAUUCUGGAAGCGUCUCCCAUGAUAAGUUUGUGGUCGGAUGAAGUCACGGCCUUUUAAUCUUUUCUUAAUUGGGUUGUUGAAUUUACGUACCGUUUAUCAGAAUUUCAGUUUAUGGAUUGCGACUGAGUUGGGAUUUUCUCUGGUUAAGCUUUGGGUUUGUCAGAUAUGAAAGGAAGUUAUGAUUUUGAGCUGUUUUCGAAGUGGUUUUGAGAUUAAAUGAAGACCCCUUUUGUCUUAGUCCAACCGGGUUGCUGAAUUCGCAUUCCCAUCUGUGGCUGACUUUGGCUUCUUCGUAGUUCAUUGGGUCGGAUUAGAGUUCUGUGGAAUAUGAAAGAAGGAUGUGUUUUAGAGCUGUUUUCAGUACAUUCUUGAGAUGAAAUCAAGACCAUUUCUGUCUUAGUCCAAUUUGGUUAAGAUGGUAGAGAUGGAUGAUUUUGGCGAUCUCUACACGGACGUUGAAGUUCAAAUGAAUGGUGGGAUUGGAAGCUUCCAUCAUUUAUAUAUAGAAGAAGGGGAGAAGAAUGACAGUAAGCCAGUUGAUUCUCAUAAGAAAGGGAUCAAGGUCGAUUCAGUUGGCGGAGAUAAUAAAGUUAGUGAGUACGAAGAGGGAUUGGUUGGGUCUGAUUCAGAAAUGCCGGUCUUGGAAGCAGAUGAUGGGAAUCAGAUUGUGGAAAAUGGGAGCGAUAGCGAAGACGAUUUACAUAUUGUCUUGAAUGAGGAAGAUUGUCGGGUGUUUCCGACUUCUCGAGGUACAAGCAUGGUGAACAAAGGAAGAGUGGAGGGGAGCGACGAUGAGGAUGAGGAUGGUGAUUUGGUGAUUGUUACGGAAGCUGAUAGUUUGAGUAAGGAUCGGAAAUGGGUUGACCCUUUACAGUUGCCAAUAGAUGGAUUGGAUCAGUGUACUGGCGGUCCUGGUGCUGAAAGAGGGAAUGUGUUGAAGGGCGGUUAUCUUUCACAACAUUCCCAAUUCAAGUAUGUAAGGCCUCAUGCAGCAGCAUUUCCAGGCAGCAUGAGAACUGGUGAAUCUGGGGGAGUUGCAUCCUUCUCUUCUCCCUUGUCCAGUAGAGGUGAUUGGGAUGUAAAUGGAGGCAGCCAGCAGAAGAUGUCAUGCUCAGGGCUUAUUACUUCAUCCUGUAAUUUUGGCAUUCCAGCCGUAACUCAGAAUGCUUUUGGUUUCUCUCUUCCCCGAAACAGGACCAUAUUAGAUGUAGGUAUUGAAACAUUUGAGCGGAAACCCUGGAGGCAUCCUGGAGUUGACAUAACAGACUUCUUUAACUUUGGCUUGGAUGAGGAAAGUUGGAAAAACUAUUGCAAGAGCAUGGAGAAUUUUCGGCAACAAACUACCAUGCAGACUAAAAUUCCUGUCUAUGAGUCUUUAAGGCCUUUUCAGGUAUAUGAACCUGGAUUUCUCCACAGAACUGUGGCUUCAGAAAUUACAUUGGGUGAAUUUGCUCAUCCUGGGCUAGAGGAAAGAAUUUCCUCAUUUGCAGAAAAUGUUGAUGGUGGUGUGAGGAGCUCUGAAAUGCCAAAAGGCAGAGCAAUUCUAGUUGAAGGCAGCAUCGGAGAGCGUAGGCCAUCCAUGGAUGUAAGGCGCCCACGUCAUCGUGAUUUGGAUGUUGUGAUACAGAUUACAGUACAGGAUUCUACAGAAGAUGCCUCUGUUUCAGGCAAUGAGGAACCAAAGCAUAUAGAUGGUGCAUUACUUAACUUAACUGAGAAUGGGGGUUCCGAAGAUAGCCAAAACAUGCAACGUUUUGGCAAUGCUCGCGCUCGUGGAGAUGUACAGCCUGCAGACAGUGUUGAUGAAUCUACCGGGAGGUACUCCCAACCAAAAGCCAAAUGCGAUUCAUCAAAUCUGGACAGCGAUUAUCACAGAGAUGAGAUGACUGAUCUAGACAGGCCUCUCUCCUGGAAGGUGAAAGAACCUCUUUCCGAGGAAAACAUCGAAGCACUAGAAACUGCACAUGGUUCCAAGGUAGGGGAUGAAGGCUAUCCCUGCAAAGCAGACAAGGAAGCUGAAUCAGCUUUUGACAGCCAGAUUCAGCACAGUACAAGUCCUCCCUAUCUUGGGGGCCAUUCUAAAGCAUCAAAGGCUGGGGUCCCUACAGGUAUGGAGAAAUCUUAUCAUCAUACACAAAAGCCAACUUCAAGCUCAGUCUCUGGGCCACAGGAGCCAAUCAUGUCCGAGCACCAUCACUCUAAUGACUUGAAAAGUGACAACAGUAAGACUGAUGAAGACAUCAAAGAUACUUCUCAAAACCAACGCGCCAUUCAAGAUGAGCAGAAUCACCACAGUCGAGCUAGACUCCGCAGUGUUGCAGAAUUGAAGAUCCCCAUGGAUGAUGAUGGUGGUUCUCCAUGGGCCAACCGCAAGGACUGGUAUCGUGGGGCUCGUGUAAACUGUGGGGUGCGGAAGGAGAAACGGCGCCACCACGAUUUUGAUGAGGAAGAAGAUUUAUCUUAUUACGGAGAGACGGAAAUAUCAAUUGGUUAUCGUGGCAGAGGAUUUGCUGAAAAACAGACUAUGAGAAAUGCCUACACCAAACAGUUUCAUAGGAAGGAUGAUCUGCAAUUCCGAGAAGAAACGAAGCCAUUUCUUAGAAGAAGCCGGAAUGAAAGAGAAUAUUUUCACGAGAGAAGGGAUAACGAAAUAACUGAAAGGGAGUGUUAUUAUCAGGCAAAAGGGGUGGGUGUUAUUGCUCAUAAGGAAUCCAAGCUAUUAAUUUCAGGGAACUCCUUUUACCCAGAAAAGGAAGGAUAUCCAUGUCAUAGAAGGAAAAGUGAGAACAGCCACCGUCUUGUAAAGGGACCCGCAGAUGAUGAUUUUGCUCCAGAACGUAGACAUAGAGAGGAUUUUUUCGAAGAAAAGUAUGGAAGACAUGCACCAUACUGUGGCAGGGAAGAGGAACCCAUUCAAGAGAAGUACAGGAGACCUGUACCAUACUACAGCAGAGAGGAGGAAUCCAUUUAUGAGAAGUACAGAAGACAUGCACCACGCAUUGGUGGAGAAAUUGAACUCUUAGAAAGACGAGAGAGAGAUGAUCGUAGUUUGCAUUUUGAUAUGGAUGGUUCACCGAGGUCUGUUGGAAAUGAUGGUAGAUACUGGAGACAUCCUGAUCGCAGGCUCUGGUCCCCUCAAACUUGCAGAGAAUUUCACAUUGCAGAUGGGAGACAGUGGCGGAAUGUUAGUCCACCAAGAAAUCAUGCAUACAGUCCAUUGAGAUCAGACGGAAGGUAUGGGGAUCACUGGGGACCGUCUAAUUUCCGGGAGCUGUAUUCCAGGCGAAAUAGAGAUGGAGGUGGCUUCAUUUCAUCUCAUGACAAGGGCUUUGAUUUUGACAGGGAUGACCAUGAUGCAGAGGGAAGGCCUAUUUAUACUAACGAUAUUGUUUAUAAUGAGAAAAGAAGAUACAGUUGGCAAGCUAAGGUGGCUGACUGGAGUGAUGAUGAAGCAAGUUUUGGGCACCAAGAACGCGUUAGCUUGUAUGACAGUGACACAUGCUUUCAAUAUGAAAGGAGUUCAAGACAUGGACAUGACAGUGUCAACCAUGAUUCUGCCCAUGGUGGGAAACUCUUAGAUGACCAUCAUUUACACAGGGGUAGAAAAAGUAAAAUGGUGGAAAGAAGUACGGAUUCUGAAGUUAGAAAACACAUUAGUUCUGUUUCUGAUACUGUCGAUGGGAGUGAAGUGGCAGUCUUGAAGCGCAGGGAUUCGGUUAACUUACAUUUAAAUGGUUGGAAAGGAAAGCACCCUCAAAGAAGUUCCAAAACUGGAGAUACAAGAUGCGAUAGGCACGAUCCCACAAAUCACGUGGCUGAUAAGGAAUCAGCUGCUUUCAGGCAUUCUGAUGAAGUUCAUACAGUAAAGGAGGUUCCACCCCGUUCACCGAAAGUGGCGAGUGGUCGUCCUUGCAGCAUUAGCUCAAAGAUUGAAAGAUUUGGCCCAUGUAAUCCGGAGCAUUCGACUGACCAUAACAACGAGAAGUGGCUUGACAAGUAUCCUGUCGUGCAACACCAAGAAGCUUCAAUGCUCGAGGAAGGUCAGUUGCCAUCAGAAGAACCUGAAAAUAAAGAGGCGCGUGCCGGGGCAAGAAAACGUGCUUUUGAGAAAACUGCACCAACUUCAGCUGUUGAAGUUAGACGGUCUGAUAAUGUAGAGGAGAAAAAACCACGCAAAGAAACUGUUGCAGAAGAUAACAAGGCUGUUGGGGGGUACGACAACCACCGGAUUCUCGAGACGCUGGCAAAGAUGGAAAAGCGGAGGGAGCGUUUCAAGGAGCCCAUUGCUCCAAAAAAAGAGCCCGACAAGAGCACCAAACCACAACCUGAGCCUGUGGUCGAAAUAGCGGAAGUUCAACCACAGAGGCCAGCCCGGAAACGGCGUUGGGGCGGCUGUUAGGUUGUUCAGCGAUGGUGCGGAAAUCUCAUAGCUGUCACGGUAAGGGCUCACUGUCUCAUUGGAUGCUGCAAAUUGUAAAUUAACAGAUAAUUUACAGGAUAAAUAGUUUUUAAAGAUUAAAAAAAAGGUAGCCUGAUUGAUCAGAUUAUUCUUGGAGGGAAGAUUGAAGGAAGAAUGUUGUUUUUUAAUAUUCAAUGCUCGUUUGCUGUGACAUUCAUAUUUCGUCAUUAUGUAAUACGAUAUGAUUAAUGGGUUGAAUCCCGCCAUAUAUGCUAGAGUUGAAGUCCUCAGAUA